GCGGAGUUUGUUUCCAGGAAGUGACUGGCGUGACUACGGGCCUCACAUUGUCGCUAACGGCUAACUCAACUUCUCGUUUGUCAUCUCACAUCGUUUUAUUCAACCUUUUCUUAAUCUACCAAUAUGGGUGACGAUGAAGAAAAGUACGACGGCAUGUUGCUUGUUAUGGCGCAACAACACGAAGGAGGGGUACAAGAGUUAGUGAACACAUUUUUCAGCUUCCUCCGCCGCAAAACUGACUUCUUCACAGGUGGCGAUUCAGGUGCUCCAGAGAAGCUAGUCAAAGAUGCUUUUGCCCACCACAAUAAGCUAGCGCUGAAGGCCCACAAAGAGAAGCAGAUGAAACAGGAGAAGGAAAAGAAAGAGAAAGUCGAAAGAGCUGCCAAGCUAGCAGAGGAAGAGAAGAAAAAGAACAAUGACGACGGCCCCAGAAUUCAGGAACUGACUGAUGAAGAAGCAGAGAAACUUCAGUCUGAACUUGACAAGAAAAAGAAACAAGAGGAGAAAAUGGUGAAUGUAACAGCAAAUGCAGAAAAGUCAUCUGACAAAGCAGAAAAAGAGAAGGGGUCUGAUUCAGAAGGAGAGGAGGAUGAGAAGGACAAAGAUAAACUGAAGCCUAAUGCAGGAAACGGAGCUGACCUGCCAACCUACAAGUGGACACAGACCCUGUCUGAAGUUGACGUGGCAGUGCCUUUUGAUGUGAACUUCCGCAUUAAGGGGAGAGAUGUAGUGGUGGACAUCCAGCGACGCUCCAUCAAGGUCGGCCUGAAGGGGCACCCUCCUGUAAUUGAAGGCCAGCUUUACAACGAGGUGAAGGUAGAAGAAAGCUCCUGGCUCAUCGACGAUGGCAAGGUUGUUACAGUCCACUUGGAAAAGAUUAAUAAAAUGGAGUGGUGGAGCAAGAUUGUUACCACAGAUCCUGAAAUUAACACCAAGAAAGUCUGUCCAGAGAACUCUAAGCUGUCAGACCUGGACGGAGAGACGCGUGGUAUGGUGGAGAAGAUGAUGUAUGACCAAAGGCAGAAAUCAAUGGGCCUGCCUACAUCUGAAGAGCAGAAGAAACAAGACAUUCUUAAAAAGUUCAUGGCUCAGCACCCAGAGAUGGAUUUCUCUAAAGCCAAAUUCAGCUGAGACUCGCUGGUGUCAGGUUCACCUGUAGAGUCCACGUUAUGAUUCAUGGAAUUCAGGCACCAUCCAACAUCUGUACUCAUCAUACUGGACAUGGGUUUGUUGACUAACGUGUCUUAAGUGCAUAAGUUCAUGCUUUCUUUUUUUGUUUUGUUUUUGUCAUGAAAAGAAGGUGGAUGAUUGCAAUGCCGCAUUCUCCCGUUGCAUGUCGUCUCAAUAUUUAAAGAUGUGUCUGGAUUUUUUUAAUAAAUGAAUUUAAAAUCAAA